UCUACUGUACUCCAUCCCACUCACUCACUCUACAAUGGCAGGGGGGCUUUAAUUGUAUUUGGCACCCCCAAAUUAACCUGCACUCCAUACAUAGAUAUAUGUACUUACACUGUCCUAGCUCCUUUCUAUCUCUCUCUAUCUUUUUAACGAAUUCCUGUAAGAAACCCUCGUUACGAAGGAACCCACAAAUAGCCUAGACAACCGUACCGCCAGACACAUAAAACGAAUCGUCAGUCUUUACGAGUAGUUGUAGAGUGAGAGUGGAGGAAGAAAGCGAUUGACAAGAAUUUGGUGAAUAAAUGUGGUUGCUUCAUCGAACAAGAAAUUAAAAGAAAAGUGUCGAGAGUUUGUUCAACCAAUUUGGGCGCUAUGGCGAACAGAUGGUGGGCAGGAAAUUUGGGGAUUUCUCAUCUCAAGAAUAAUAAUAAUAAUAAUAAUAAUAAUAAUAAUAAUAAUAAUUAUGAAAAUAGGGAGGAGGAGGAUGAUCAGAACCCCGCCGGAGAUCUGUCGGAGCCGUCGUCGUCGAGCUCCGGGCGGCGGCCGAGGGGGCGGCCGGCGGGGUCAAAGAACAAGCCGAAGCCGCCGAUUGUGUUGACGAAAGAAAGCCCUAAUGCCCUCCGGAGCCACGUGCUGGAAAUCGGCAGCGGCAGCGACAUCGCCGAGAGCAUCGCCGCCUUCGCGCAGCGCCGCCACUGCGGCGUUUCCGUGCUCAGCGGGACGGGGAUCGUCACCAACGUCACGCUGCACCAGCCGGCGGCGCCCGGCGGCGUGCUCCCCCUCCACGGCCGCUUCGAGAUUCUGUCCCUCUCCGGCGCUUUCCUGCCCGCGCCGUCGCCGCCGGGCGCCGCCGGUCUGACCGUCUACUUGAGCGGCGGUCAGGGGGAGGUCGUCGGCGGAACCGUCGCCGGCGCGCUGACCGCUUCCGGACCGGUGAUGAUCAUCGCCGCCACUUUCACAAACGCCACGUAUGAAAGGCUGCCGUUGGAGGACGAUUCCGAUCACGCCGCCGCCGCCGGCGGUGACGCAAUGCAAUUGCAACAUGAAUCCGGCGGCGGCGCCGCCGUGGACAUGGAAGCUAGCCCCCCCAAGGGAUCGUCGAUACCCUCGUAUAAUUUGCUCCCCAACGGCCAAAUUCCGCCGGCGCCGCCGCAAGAUGUGUUUUGGGCUCCACCGCCGGCGUACAAUUGAGAAAAUGGAUAGCCCAUAGGAAUCGUCGAGAAACAAGGUUAGAUGUUAUGUUAUCUUAUAUCCUCCAUUGAUGAGCAAUCUUACAUUGCUUUCUUGAUUUUACCACGACAUUUUACACAGUAAUUAAUUAAUAUAUAAUUAAUUA